AUGCGGUCUCUCACUUCCAGGACCAGUUCGGCCUUACUGACAGUAUGGGGGCUAUUAUCCAUAUCGUUGAUGCCCUCGCUGGGUCAGGCAGAUAAAACUGCUGGAGAUUAUUUUGUCCAUUCGCUGCCGGGCGCUCCGCCUGGACCCUUACUCAAGAUGCAUGCUGGACACAUCGAAGUCACCCCUGACCAUCACGGAAACAUGUUCUUUUGGCAUUUUCAGAAUAGACACAUUGCGAACAAACAGCGCACUGUGAUUUGGCUGAAUGGAGGUCCAGGUUGCAGUUCGGAAGAUGGAGCUUUGAUGGAAAUAGGUCCUUAUAGAGUAAAAGAUGGAUCCAAUGGACCAAAACUUGAAUACAAUCCAGGUUCUUGGGAUGAAUUUGCGAAUGUUAUGUUCGUAGACAAUCCAGUAGGAACAGGAUUUAGUUUCGUGGACUCGGACAGCUACGUUCAUGAUUUGCCCGAGAUGGCGGAUCAAUUCGUCCAAUUCUUGGAGAAAUGGUUUGCGCUAUUCCCCGAGUAUGAGCAUGACGAUCUAUACAUUGCGGGAGAAUCUUAUGCUGGACAACAUAUUCCCUACAUUACAAAAGCUAUUCUGGAACGAAACAAGAAACCUGACACAAAACAUCCGUGGCCAAUGAAAGGAAUGCUAAUUGGAAAUGGAUGGAUUUCGCCGGCUGAACAAUACAUGGCCUAUCUUCCAUUCGCAUAUGAGAAGGGGCUAGUCAAGAAGGAUAGCGAAAAGGCAAAGAAAUUGGAGUCCCAACAAGCCAUUUGCACCAAAUUAUUGAAUGAGAACGGCGGAAGAGACAGGGUCGAUAACGGCCAGUGCGAACAGAUUUUACAAGAAAUUUUGUCGACCACUCAAACCAAGGGCUCAGAUGGCAAUAUGCAAUGCUACAACAUGUAUGAUGUGAGGUUGAAGGACUCCUACCCAAGUUGUGGUAUGAACUGGCCUCCCGAUUUGGUCAAUGUUACACCUUACCUCCGCCGAACGGACGUGGUUGCAGCUCUGCAUAUUUCACCUGAAAAAAGGACUGGAUGGACUGAAUGUAAUGGUGCUGUUGGCAGCGCUUUCAGAGCUACACACUCAAAACCUUCCAUUCAGAUUUUACCAGACCUUCUCAAAGAAGUCCCUACCAUACUAUUUUCCGGUGCUGAGGAUUUGAUUUGCAAUCACAUAGGCACUGAAGAAAUGAUCAGCAAUAUGGAGUGGAACGGUGGCAAAGGAUUCGAACUUGGAUCCGGAACAUGGGCGCCACGUCGGGAUUGGGAAUUCGAAGGCGAGGCAGCGGGUUUCUGGCAAGAGGCUCGCAAUUUGACCUACGUCCUGUUCUACAAUUCAUCUCACAUGGUACCCUUCGAUUAUGCACGACGUACCCGAGAUAUGCUUGACAGGUUUAUGCAAGUAGAUAUUGCUAGCAUUGGUGGCGCUCCAACCGAUAGUCGUAUCGACGGCGAGAAGGGUCUGGAGACAUCUGUUGGCGGUCAUCCUAAUAGUACUGCUGCUACUCAAGCCGAAGAAGAACGCUUGGAGGCCGCGAAAUGGAACGCUUAUUACAAAUCUGGUGAGAUUGUCCUAGUGAUCGUCAUUAUCGCAGCUUCGGCAUGGGGCUAUUACAUCUGGCGUGAACGACGCCAACGCGCUGGUUACGCUGGAAUUUUCGGGGGUGACACUCCUAUGGCUUUGGCGGGCGCGAGAAGUGGUCCUAGAGGCGCAGCAGGUCUUGAAAAUUUCCGCAAUAAACGAAUGGCGAGAGAUGUGGAGGCAGCGGACUUUGAUGAAAGUGAAUUGGAUGAACUACACGUGAAGUCACCUACGGACGACAUGGAUAGAGAUAGAUAUAGCGUUGGAAGUGCAAGUGAUGAUGAAGGCACCACAAGAAGAAAUGGAAAUGGCAAGGGCAAAGAAAAGAGUUACUCAUAG